CACUUUAUUUUAUUGGAAUUAGUGCCUUAAUUUCGAAAUAAAUUAAAAAUUUAAGAUCCUCCUCAUGUUCCAUUUUUCCACCGUUCUAUUUCGACGCUAGUUUGAUGGACAUCUUUUCGCGAAAUUCGAAUUGUAUUUCCGAGGCCAGUGUGUACACACUGGACGGCGUUGCAUCAACAACAACAAGAUCAGCUGGCAUUUUGUCUCUUCUUCUUCCGAAUCAAUUCUCUAUUAAAUACAAACAUAUUUAAUGCAUUUGGAUUUUGUUUACUAAUAAUGUUUAAGAUGCGUUCGCUUUGCCGCACUUGUGGCAUAAAAAUAGACAAUAAAUCAGGCUGUACCAAGCUCUUUCAAAAGUCAAACUACCAAUUAAUAAGACUGAUUGAGGACAUUACCGACAUGUUUCUGGAGUCAGAUAAGUCUAUGCCGGAUCAUAUUUGCCAUGAAUGUAAAGAGGAGCUAAACAAAAUGUUGACUUUUCGCUCAACGUUCUUGAACGUCCAUCAGUCCUUUUUGGCCACCAAAAAGAAGCACUUGCAAUGGAUGGAAAAUUCUAAUAAAAUGGGAGCUGAAGGCUGUAAAGAUGAUGAUGAAGAAUUCGUCGAGUAUACAGAUGACAUGGAAGAUUCCCAACCACAUGGUGAUAGUCUUCUCUUCGAAGACCACAUUGAUCAAGGUAAACAGGAUGAAGAGAAUGAAGACGAGCACACCGAGAAGAAGGAGGCGGCGAUAGAGGAGGAACAGGACCAGAAGUAUGCAGAUGAGGACCAGAUAAACACGUUGGCGAAUCCAGAGUUCCUGGAGGAGGACGAGGGCCAAAACAUGGAAGAGGUUAGUCAGAGCCACAAGAUCACAGCCCGCAAGGCUAAACAAGCGAAGCGUAACGCAAAGACCUGGGUCUGUGAGCAGUGCGGUGGCGUGUUCAAGUGUUCCACCUAUCUAAAACUGCAUAUGCUGCGCCACACCGGCCAGAAAUCGUUUGCGUGCGACGUCUGUCAGGCUAGAUAUUACACGGAAAACGAGAUGCGUCGCCACCGGAUUCUGCACACCGAUGCCCGGCCCUACGCCUGCCGCUUCUGCGAUAAGACCUUCCGCGGCUGCAGCAGCAAAGUGGUCCACGAGCGUACGCACACCAAUGAGCGACCAUUCCAGUGCCAGUACUGCGAAAUGGCCUUUACCUCAACGUCAACUCGUCAGCGACAUGAGUUGCUGCACACGAAUAACCGAAAAUAUCACUGUGAGACCUGUCAACAUUGGUUUUUGCGCGCGACGCAUCUGACUCUACACCAGAACACAAAACUGCACAAAAGAGGGUCGCGAGUGCUCAUACUCGCUGUGUAUAAAAAUCCAAUUUUAAAUAUAAGCGCGGUGUCAACGCUGCCACGUGAAUGGCUUUUGUGUUUGGGGGUUGUUUUGAGUGAAUGUCGCGUCUCUUCUUCUUUUCCAAACAAAUCAACUUUCCGUAUUUGAUCGAUUUUGCUCUUUAAAU